UUUGCUGUGUUAACGGCCUUGAAAUCCGCUUCAUCAUCUGAGCUGUGUGCUUGUGACAUUAUCACAGAAUGGCAGCCGCUGAAAUUGCUGAGCUGCUGCUCGCAGUAAUCCAGGGAGUUCCCGGUGGGGCGACAAAUGAUGAUCUGACUAAAGCACUCUCCGACGUGCCCGCUGCCUCGCGUGUUGAGGGGCUCAAUGUUCUCUUAAAACAAGGCGGCAUAGAGGUGUUGAAGAAGGGAGAGAAACUGAUUUAUCGUGCCAAGGAUCCCCAAAAGAAGAGUGCCUUGCCCAAGGAUGCAGAUAACGAAGAGAAAAUCGUCUACAGUAUUGUGGAAGAGGGCGGCAACAAAGGCAUCUGGAUACGUGAUAUACGCAUCAAAUCCAAUUUGAACAUGACACAAUUAAACAAAAUCCUCAAGAACUUGGAAACAAAGAAACUCAUCAAGGCCGUUAAAUCCGUGAAUGCUAGCAAAAAGAAAGUCUAUAUGCUGUACAAUAUGGAGGCAGAUCGGUCUGUGACUGGCGGUGCCUGGUAUCAGGAUCAGGACUUCGAGGUCGAGUUUGUGGAUGUUCUCAAUCAGCAAUGCCUGCGCUUUUUGCAGAUGAAACGCGAGGGUGCCGAGAAAAAACGCGAUGGUCCCUUGGCCUUCAAGCAAAUGUCCUGUUGCACUGUGAAGGAGGUGCACAAAUUUAUUUCAGACCUUGGCAUAAGCAAAGUCAAUCUGGAUGAAGAUGAUUUGGAGACUAUACUGAAAACAGUCGUGUAUGAUGGCAAUGCCGAACGCAUUCUACAAUCUGAUGGCACGUAUGUUUAUCGUGCGGUUAACUUGCCCCUCCCAGCACCUGGAUUGGUUCAAAUGCCCUGUGGCAUAUGUCCUGUGAUCAAGAAUUGCUCCAAUUGCGGCGAUGUAACCGCUAUUAAUUGUCAAUAUAUGAAUGAUUGGUUAGAUUAAAAAUAACUGGACUUAAAUAAUGUA